AUGGAUGCUCUGCGGGGGAAGAGCCAUGCGGAGACCGGGUCGCCAGUGAUUAGCGUGACGGACGUGCACGUCGUUUACGAGAGCGGCAGCGUUUACUGCGGCUUCACGUGCGUGCAGUCGGUGUCCUUGCAGUUUACGAAGGAGCCCAAGUCCCAAGAUGCAUUGCACGGGCGUAGUGCCAUACUGCGGUGUGAGGUAAACAAUCCUGAAGAUGUGAUGUACAGCUGGGUGCACAACGGCGUAACCGUGACGGACACGGAACGACGAUUCCAGGAGGGAAGCAACCUGAAAUUUGUUGCCAUUGACCGAACACUGGAUUCCGGAAAUUUCCAAUGUAUAGCGUUCAACAAUGUCACGAAAGAGGAGGAACGUACAAGCAAUGCCUCUUUCAACAUCAAAUGGCUGGAGAGUGGUUCGGUGAUGCUACUCGAGCCAAGCACAGAGGCUUGGAUUGAGAGUUCUUCCCCUGUGAAAUUACAGUGUGAUAUCGAUGGACAUCCACGACCAACCAAUCGCUGGUACAGAGAUGGAGUACAGCUGACAGACAGAAGUUACCGAAUCAACAACAGGGAACGAACGCUCACUUUAUCCAGCGUCAGCCCCGAUGACAACGGCCUGUAUUACUGCUGUGCCAAGAACGCAGUGGGGCAAGUGUGCAGUAAUGACAACUUCACUCUCAAUAUCAUAGACAAGAGCUACCCCCAGCCUGUGGUGAAACCAGAGGACCUGGUGGUGUUGAAGAAUGAGGCAGCUCUCUUCCACUGCCAGUUCACCGCUGAACCAGAGCCCACAGUUGAGUGGUAUCAUGAGAAUGACCUGGUUGCCAAUAAGAGCCGAGUGUUCCUGUUGAACAACGGUUCCCUCCUCAUUACCCAGGUGAAACCACGUAACACUGGACUCUAUAAAUGUGUGGCCAAAGGGCCACGGGGCCCCCCGGUUGCAGUAGAGGCCUCUCUACACCUGGCAGAGAUUCAGGACAUGCCAGCGCAGCAGUCUCGAGUAUUCACGGCCGACUCUCUGGAGCGUGUGUCCUGUCAGCCGCCCCGCGGACAUCCGGAGCCUGAGGUCUGGUGGGAGCGGGGCGGGCAGAGGAUUCCUGCUGAAGGGAGGGUGUAUCAGGAUGCUCUGGAUCUGAUUUUCAGUCCAACCAAAGGAGAAGACUCAGGCACAUACACCUGCAUUGCAGAGAACAAGGCUGGACAGAGGAAGCAAGAGCUGACAGUUACUGUGGCCACUCCACCUGAAUGGGUGAAGAGACCAGAGGACAGUCAGUUGGAAGAGGGCCAAGCAGGCUACUUGCACUGUGUCACACAAGCCACGCCCAAACCAGAAGUCAAAUGGUUUCGCAACUAUGUCCCGAUAUAUCCUGAGGAUCUGAGGUUUAAGGUGUUCCCCAAUGGUACUCUGCGAAUUAAUAGUGUGGAAGUGUAUGAUGCACAUGUAUAUCAAUGUCAGAGCCAGACACAGGCAGGAGUGUUGACGGCACAAGCCCGGGUCUCUGUUCUGGAGAAGCUAAAGUUCACACCAACUCCUCAGUCCUUCCAGUGUCUGGAGCUUGAUAAGGAGGACAGUCUGCAAUGCUCUGCUAAAGGGCGUGAGACACCCAUCAUCCAGUGGACCAAAGAUGGCAGCGAUGUCCCAGAAUCGGUGAAACAGAAUGGAGGAGUACUUCUCUUCUCCACAGUGACACGGGCAGAUGCGGGGAACUACACCUGCGUGGCGUCCAACAGUCUGCAGGGAGAGAUCCGAGCUAUGGUGCAGGUCACUGUAGCAGUUUAUGUGGGCUUUAAGCUGAAGCCAGAGAACACAACUGUGUACCAGGGUCACACAGCAGUGCUGCACUGCCAGGCUACUGGUGAUCCUCCACCUUUCAUUCAAUGGAAGAAAAAGGACAAGUUCCUGGAGGCCAACAAGAGCAGGUUCCAGAAAAUGUCCAACGGUUCCCUUGUGAUCUAUGAUGUAGGCAUGGAGGACAUUGGAACUUACACCUGCAUCGCUGGGAACAGCUGCAACAUCGGUCACACAUCUGCUGAACUGAUUGUCGUGGAGAGACCAGUGCAGUACUCGACAAGCGAUGAGGAGAAGACGCCCUAUAAAAUGAUCCAGACCAUUGGCCUGUCAGUGGGUGCGGCUGUGGCUUACAUCAUCAUCGUGCUAGGCCUGAUGUUUUACUGCAAGCAGAGACGUAAUGCCAAGAAACUACAGAAAGGUCAAGAAGGGGAGGAGCCGGAGAUGGUACAUCUCAAUGGUGGCACUGAGAAGCAGAACGGGCAUGUCACUGCGGAGAUUCAGGAGGAGGUGACUCUCGCCAGUAUCCCUCCCGCAACCAAUGGCAACAAGCGCCACAGCAGUCACGACAAGCUCCAUUUCUCCCGCGCCAACCUGCACAACAUGACAGUGCUCGGUAAGGGCGAGUUUGGGGAGGUUUUACUGGCCAAGCUGAAGACAGGUAAGGAGGAAGAGGAGACUGUGGUUAUGGUGAAGAGCCUUCAGACAAAAGACGAGCAGCUGCAGCUGGACUUCCGCCGAGAGAGCGAAAUGUUCGCCAAGCUCAACCAUACCAACGUCAUUCGCCUGAUAGGCGUGUGCAAGCAGGCGGAGCCACACUACAUGAUUCUGGAAUAUUCCGACAUGGGUGAUCUUAAACAGUUCCUUAAAAUCUCCAAGAAUAAAGAUGAGAAAACAAAAGUCCAACCACUCAGCACUAAACAGAAAGUGUCGCUGUGUCUGCAGGUUGCCAGGGGAAUGGAACAUUUGUCCAAUCAGCGCUUUGUUCACAGAGACCUGGCUGCACGUAACUGCCUCAUCAGUGCCAAACGCCAUGCCAAAGUGUCCGCACUGGGCCUCAGCAAAGACGUCUACAAGAGUGAGUAUUACCACUACCGGCAGGCCUGGAUCCCUCUGCGCUGGCUGCCUGCAGAAUCAGUCUUUGAGGAUGAUUUCUCAACCAAGACAGAUGUGUGGUCAUUCGGAGUGUUCAUGUGGGAGGUGUUCACUUUUGGGGAACUGCCCCACGCUGAGCUGGCUGACGACAACGUGUUGGAAGGUUUGCGUGAGGGGGAGCUGAAGCUGCCCCCGCCCCAGGGCUGUCCUUCCAGAGUGUACAAGUUAAUGGUGCGCUGCUGGGCCCCCAGCCCAAAGGAAAGAGUCUCCUUCACUGACAUAGUCACUGCCCUCAAUGAACUCCCCUCUGAGAAAAAGAUGUAA